UUUCUUUUUGUUAAAUUCCUCGCAAAACUGUCGAAAAAGGUGUGUGAAAUCGAAGAAUUAUUUACUGCGCAUCGACUACAGAAUUUUUUUAUUUUUUAUUUUUCAUAAAAACCUAUUCUUGAAACAUUUUGCGACAGCUACAACGGCAAUGUGUUUUAAGUGACUAGCAGACGGUUUUAUUUAUUUUGUAAUCACAGGGAAAACUUUGAUAAAGAGCAAUGUUAGAUCGAUGCUUGAGACUGAUCAUCCAAAAGCAGCGGUAUUACUCCACAGCUGUUCCAAGAAUCACCACACAUUAUACCAUAGUUUCCCGUGAAACAGAUCCAAGAUGGCAAGGUAUUUCUAUGGAGAGGGUGAGUGAUGAAACAGAUGUUGUUAUUGUGGGUGGAGGUCCUGCUGGUAUGACAGCAGCCAUCAGGUUAAAACAGUUAGUAAAUGAAAAGGGAAAGGAUGUUAGAGUGUGUUUAGUUGAAAAAGCUUCUGAAAUUGGUGGACAUAUUUUAUCAGGAGCAUGUAUCGAAACUCAAGCACUGGACACUUUGAUUCCAGAUUGGAAAGAAAGAGGGGCACCUAUAAAAACAGCUGUUAAAUCUGAUAAAUUUGCCUACUUAACAGAGAAGAAAAGGAUCCCGAUUCCCAUAUUUAAAGGUUUACCUAUGUAUAAUCAUGGUAACUACAUUGUGAGAUUAGGAAAUGUAGUUCGAUGGCUUGGUCAACAGGCUGAAGAAUUAGGAGUUGAGAUUUAUCCUGGAUAUGCAGCUAGUGAGGUCUUAUUCCAUGAAGAUGGGAGUGUCAAAGGUAUUGCAACAAAUGACGUUGGUAUUUCAAAAGAUGGGUCUCCAAAGGAAUCAUUUGAAAGAGGAAUGGAGCUUCAUGCUAAGUGUACUAUAUUUGCUGAAGGAUGUCAUGGUCAUUUAAGCAAACAAUUGUAUAAGAAAUUUAAUUUAAGAGCCAACUGUGAACCACAAACAUAUGCCAUUGGUUUGAAAGAAAUAUGGGAAGUUGAACCAUCUAAACAUAAGCCUGGAACAGUUGAGCACACUGUUGGAUGGCCAUUGAACUACAAAACAUAUGGAGGAUCAUUUUUAUAUCAUCUUGAUGAAGGUGCUCCUCUUGUUACUGUUGGUUUUGUGAUUGGUUUAGAUUACAAUAAUUCAUACAUCAGCCCUUUUCAAGAAUUUCAGAGGUUUAAAUUACACCCUUCAGUUAGACCUCUGUUUGAAGGAGGAACUCGUAUUGCAUAUGGAGCAAGAGCUCUAAAUGAAGGAGGAUUCCAGAGCAUUCCUAAACUUACAUUUCCGGGUGGAUGUCUAAUUGGCUGCAGUCCUGGUUUUAUGAAUGUGCCUAAAAUAAAAGGGACACAUAAUGCUAUGAAGAGUGCCAUAAUAGCUGCAGAAACUGUUUAUGACCUCAUCACUUCAGAUAACGUAGAAUCAGCAACAACUGCUCCUGAACCUGUAGAAUAUGAAAGGAAACUUAAGGAGAGUGAUGUUUGGAAAGAACUGAAAUCUGUUCGGAAUAUUCGACCCUCUUUUCAUUCUCCUCUGGGUGUUUAUGGGACAAUGCUGUAUACUGGCAUAUUCUAUUAUUUAGGAAGAGGGAAAGAACCUUGGACAUUAUCACAUCACGGUGCUGACUAUGCUAAACUAAAGCCUGCAUCCGAAUGUAAACCUAUAGUAUAUCCAAAACCUGAUGGUGUUAUAACUUUCGAUUUAUUGUCAUCUGUAGCACUGACAGGAACAAACCAUGUAGAUCAGCCACCUCAUUUAACUUUAUUAGAUGAUUCUGUUCCUGUUGAAAGAAACUUGAAAAUUUUUGAUGGGCCAGAGCAGAGAUUUUGUCCUGCUGGUGUCUAUGAAUAUGUGCCUACAGAAAAUGAUGAUGGAAAACGCUUGCAGAUUAAUGCACAGAACUGCAUUCAUUGCAAGACAUGCGACAUUAAAGAUCCUAGCCAGAAUAUCAAUUGGGUUACACCUGAAGGUGGAGGAGGACCAGCUUAUAAUGGAAUGUAAAUUCCAUAGAAUUCAUAUAUGAAGUGUUCUUCCCAUGCAAAAUAUAUUUUAAAAUAUUUUUUUGCAUAAAUUUGUAUUUUUAAUAAGUUAUUAUAAGUGUUAAUUAAUGACUAUAAAAUGAUAUGGUUUAAAAUCAAAAUCACCAUAUAAAAAGGAAUAAAUUGAUGAUAUUCUCUGAUAAUGAAUGUAUAUAUUAUCAUUCAUCUAAUAUUGUUUUCAUCGAGAAAUUACUUAUAAGUGUUACUUAAACUUUGCAGUAUGUCUAAACUACAAUCAUAUUAAAAGUUAUAAGUGUUAAUUAAUGACUAUAAAAUGAUAUGGUUUAAAAUCAAAAUCACCAUAUAAAAAGGAAUAAAUUGAUGAUAUUCUCUGAUAAUGAAUGUAUAUAUUAUCAUUCAUCUAAUAUUGUUUUCAUCGAGAAAUUACUUAUAAGUGUUACUUAAACUUUGCAGUAUGUCUAAACUACAAUCAUAUUAAAAUUUCUCUUGUAAAAUUAUUUUAUAUUACUUACCCCAAAACAAUACACAUUAUAAUUAGCAUUUAUUAACAGUCAAAGUAGUAAAUAAAACUAAUGAUAAAAAGUUUAAUAAAAAUUAAAUUCAUUUAUAGGCGUGGAUAUAUUAAAAAAAAGUAAAGCAGAGAACAAUUCAAUAACAUUAUAUUUUUCUUUGUAACAGGUAUUACAAAUUAUGUAUUCUUUAAAAGUGCAUAAUAGCAUGCAUGCUAAAAUUGUCCUUUUCUUUUUUGUAAUAAAACUGAGAUUAAUCAUAUUCUAAAAAUAAGAAAUAAAAUUAGGCAAAGAUUUUGAUUCUGGAUGUAUUUCAGAAAUUUCACACUAUAAAUUUUUGUUUUGCUAACAGACAUUUUACAUAACACUUGUUCUCUCAAUUAUUGGACAGCUAAAAUGUUUUGCAAAUUUCUUGUAACGUCUUUUACAUAUUUAAAACUCUUCAGACUAUCCUUAAGAUCUCCAGCAUGUUGUUCUAUUAUCUCUGUUUAUAUAUAUUUGGGAGUUCUAUAAAAAAAACUCCCAUAUGUAUAUAAACAGAGCAGCUGAAUGUGUGGUUUUUUUCAUCAACCAUAAGCAUAUGACUACUAUAAUUUUCAGAUAUCCACAAAUGAUUGCUGUUGCAAGUGAUAAGAAAUCAUAGAAGAUUCUAUUCAUCUUGUCAUCUAAUACUCAUAAUGUAGCCUGGCAAUUUUUAUUUAUUUCUUUAUGUUUGCAUGCAAGUAAACACAAUCAUAUUAUACCUAUAUUUUUUUAGGUAACAUCAUUUUCAAGUUUUGUGCGAUUUGGGCUUUUGCUUAUUUUCUAUUUACAUGGUGGAAAGGGAGCUCCAAGAUUUAAAGUAAUCUUAGCAUCUUAUCAGUGAGGUUUUAUAACUGAUUUACAGUUAAAAGGGGAAACACGUAUAGUAUCAUAUGUGGACAAAGUAUAUUAUAGUUCCAUUUAAUGCAUUUGCUGUUGAAAUUGUUUAGUGAUCCAUAAUUCGUUUUUGAUGUACAAAUAAUAAAAACAAUUUUUAAUAUGUGUUUUGCACAAGUGCAAUUACCAACUACAGUGCAAUAAAAAAACACUAAAACUGUUAUUAAACCCUUUUUUAUGUUUAAAAAAUUCAUUUAAGAUUUUUCUGAAUUAUUUAAAUAUUUAAUCUUACUAAAUAUAACUAAUUUUAGGUAAUCAAUUUUUCUACCGUAACUGCUAUUUGAAAACAUUGCAUAUUGUUUUUAUUGUACUCCUGAUAAAAAAAUGACCUUUUACACUUCAACCAAUAAGCUUAAAUGAUUUCUUUUAGACAAUUAUAAACAACUGGGCUUUUCUUUUUUCCUCUUUGCUUAUUCCGUUUCGAUGAAAAUAAGAGGACUACUAGUUUUUAAUUUCUCUUUCAUUGCUAAUUUGCAAUAAAUACUACCAGAAAAUUCAUAAAAUUAAGAAAUGUAUCAUUCAAAAUUUUAAUAUAUGUAAUAUAAAAAUAUAACAGAUGCAAGCAGUUU